GCCUCGGGUGUGCUCGUGGCUCGGCGAGCGGUGUCGGCAGAGAAGCGGACACGGAAGCAGCAGAUGGAGUUUUACAGUGCUGUGGAUCAGUUGUUGCUAGAGGUCCGGUUCAAAAAGAUUUCUUAUGAUGCGAGCUGGACAGAGAAGUCUGCGGUGCUUUGCCGGUCGUCUGCCAAAUCAUUGCUGCAGCACGCAAAGAUCAAUUCCGAGGAUUCAGAUCCGCAGACAUUGCGGUGCUUGGAAGUGUUGGCCCACGUUAGUCAAGACGCGGAUACCCUGUGUGCUGUUGCGGCCACACUGGCAAGCUUCAAUGGUCGGGCGUUUUCACCCUUGUUUUUAAAGCUGGUGACGGAGGCCAAAGAGGAUUUGAAAGCCUUCUUGAUGGAUAUCUGGGGUCCUCAUGCAAUGUCAUUGGGAACUAUUGCAGUCGAGCGGACCUGGUGGCUGGACCAUGUCCGGAACAUGAACAGAACUGCAAGGUGGGCGACGGAGGCAUGGAGACAACAUAGAGCCGUUGUGGCUUGGAAGCAUGACGUGGCAAGUGUGCUCCGCAAAGCGGAGGAGCCGUUGCGAAAGGGAAGAGCAGGGCGUAACUUCAUCGAAGCCGUGGAGCAGACUCUUGUCACCCUGCAAGAUGAUCGCAGGAGUCCUUGGCGCUUGGGCUGUUUGAGCGAGAAAGAGGAACGCACCAACCUAGCCCGACGACCGGAGUCUGGUGAAUUUGCCUGGGCCGCUGCCUUCAAGUUGAUGCCGAUGGAG